GUCGUGAACAGCAAGGUGACGCUGGGGAUGGAGGAGGCCUGCUCUCUCCGGGGUCUCGCGCAGUGGACGCCUGCUGCGUCUGCUCUCAGCCUCGCCUUCCACACUUACCUGCAUGAUCUUCCAGGUGGAAACGUGUUCUUUAAGUGGGCUCCCUCGUCGGUGGAGGCGCACGUGGGAUGGGCAGACCUGAAGGCGGUGGCGGGCGUCCGGUGGGCCGAGGAAGGUCGUGCCCUCGAAUUCAUCGUUAAGUUCAAGAAUCCUGGAUCCACCCUGCAUCACCUGGAUGGCUCGCUCAACUUCCUUAUGUCGCAGUCCCCGUACCCGCCUGUAUCCCUGUCGCUCAUGGGCCGUUUGAGCCUCAAUUCCGACCAUCACUAUAUACUGAAUAUAAACUGCCAGUCGGAGAGGGAACAGUACCUGGUGACCGGGGCUCUGGUGAGGCCCGUUGGUUCGGGGUCGGUCCGUCUGCAGCUGCGACGCAGCGGCAGCGCCUACAAGGCUGUGGGUUCGGUUCUCCUGGACAGCUUGCAGGCGCAAGUGGAGGGAUCGUUCACUUGGCUGCAGUCGGGCGAGGACCUGACACUCACGCUUGCCACCUCGCUCCUCCCGGACCCCAAGGGAUAUACCCUCAGGUUCUCUCGUAAGAGCGAGGCGGAGCAGAGCGAGUUCGCCGUUUUGUUUUCGCAGUCCGGAACUUCUCCGGACUGGGUCUACUCCUACAGAGUGUUCGUGAAACUGCAGAGGGACAUCAAAUCGAGGCUCCGGAUGAUGAGGCUCGAGGAUCAGUUCACGCACCACCAACUUCAACAUGUCGUCAAGAAUUACAGUUUCUUUAUACUGGUCGUUCAUAAUAAGUUCGAUGAGACUGACAUCGAGAUUGAGUUCCCGGACCUCUGGGCGCAGCUCAAGGUCACGGGCACGCUGGUCAAGGGCAAGGACUCGCACGUGGACCUUGUGGUGGCCGCGCCGACCACCAAACACAUCCUGGAAGGUCGACUUUUGUUUAGCAGCGAUGCUUGGAGCUCGGCCCACAGUGGCUCUUUUACGUACACGCAGCAGGGGAAGAAAGGCAGAGGGCAGCCGUUGAAGCUGGAGGUGGAGGCGUUCAAAUGGAACAGUAACAGGCAGAAGUACACAUUUUACAUGCAAAAAAUGUUCACUGAGUCCUCCCCCACCAGCGUGGGAUUCGACUACCCGCACGAGCCCUACGACCUCAGUGGGUACUCCUACGAUGACCCAACACAACAAGUUGUGUUUAGCACUUUCGAGGCCUCUCUGGAAGUCCUGCAUGACCCAGGAUCAUCGGAAUAUAAAAUGUCCUGGACGAGCGACGCGACGGCAAGCGAGACGACUCUGGUGUUGGCAAGCGACGGCAACGGAGGUUCGGGGCGCCUCAAGUACCAGCGGCGCGAGAAAGGGCGACCGAAGUCCGAGAUCGAAUACCUGCUUAAGGCCAACUACCGCCGCUUCGACACGGAGCUCACCUUCUCGGGCACGCUCGACCAGACGACCAUUGGCAGGCCUCGAGCCAUCAACUUCCUGCACUCCGAGGCCGAGGGCUACACAGAGCUUGUCCUCGACCUGUUUGAGGCGGAGGGUGACCAGGUGAUUCUCGUUUUCACAUAUCUACCCGACAGUUCCCGAAUUAGGAUUGGACAGUUCGGCAACACGUUUCUGCAAGUCGGUUAUAAAAAGGAAAUCGACGAAGAAGGAGGAGUUAUUUACUCAUUCCAGCUGGAGAGUUCAGGGCGAACGGUGGAGGUGUGGGCGGGCCGUGUUCCAGACGACCUAAGGAUCUGCACGAAGGGCGGGUUGGUGCUGCAGACGCCCACUUUGGCGCCUACCUAUCAGGCCCUUAGCCUUUGUCCCGCGCCAGUCCCGGAACUGACCCUACAGGUCAUGGGUGUAGGUGAGUGUUCUUAUUUGUGAAGGGGCUGGGUCUGGUUUUAGGCAGAUUAUGUCUGGUAUGGCGUAUAUGUGUCAAUGAUGUUUCCGCUUAAGAUGAUGCGCCUAUGAAAAAAACGAUAGA